AUGUCUUCUCGCGCUUCUGCCAAAUCACCCACUCCAGGAUCCUCAUCCUCUUCGCGCAACCAGCCUCAGAGCCUCGCGCAGGAGCCCGCCAACACUGAGGACUUCGACAUGCCGGACCUCAAGUACGACUCCGAUGGAGAUGGCUCUUUCACCAAGGAAAGCUACGAUAAGCUCCGACGCAUAAUCCAGAAACAAGAAGCCGAGACAAAAGACAUGCAGAAAAUCGUCAACGAAAACCGACAAGCAAUGGAAAACCUCAACGAGCAACUCCAGCACGCUGGACAGGCCUACAAGAAGCUGGAAGAAGACAUCAAGGGGGACGCCAACCUCCGGAAGAUCCAGGAACUCCAGGGGGAAAUCACCACCCUCCGGGCCGCCGCCAACAUCGUCACCACGCCCGUCCACGGAGGACGACAAAAGCUCAAGCUCAGUACGCCUGUCACCUACGACGGAACCCCCGGGACCCUUAAAGGAUUCCUGAUUCAGUAUACGCAGCCACCUACCUCCGAGGAAAGGCCCUUAAGUGGUUUAAACUAA